CAUAUACACGACACGACAACCAUGGAGCAAGCGGCCAGCAGCGCGAAGGAGGAUCUCAGCCUCGAGCUUACCCUGGCCUUUGCUAUGUGCGUGGCACCAGCCGCGCCCCGCUCGGGCUUCUUCUUGUGCGUUUACUGUGACCGCAAGUUCGGCAACGCGCAGGCGCUCGGUGGUCACCAGAACGCGCAUAAGCAAGAGCGCGCCGUCGCCAAGCUCCGCCGGGACGCGUGGAGGGCUGCUGCAAUUUCUCGGAUCUCCGGGGAGCCUGCAGUAGGCUCUGUGGCGUACAAGCGCGGCAGGACCUCAUCGGACCGCGACCACGAGCUGGACUUGUCUCUCCGGCUGUAACCGGUUGCCAGAUCGAUCAAACCAUUUCAGUA